AUGGACCAAUCACUCUGCGUGCUAAUAUCUAAGAACAGACAGCUACUUACGCACUCAUCCGGUUUCUGCUAUGAUCUCCGUCAUCCACUCUUGACAAAGUACUCUGCAUGGGCCGGCCGCCAAGAAAAUAUGUUUUCCGGCACCAUGGAGGGCCAAUAUCACCCGCUUGUGUUCCAGCCCGGCACAUCCUGGGAUUACGGUCCCGGCCUCGAAUGGGCCGCCCACGUCGUCGAGACGCUCACGGGUUUGGAAUAUGAUGAGUACCAGCAAAAGCACAUCUGGCAGCCCCUCGGCGCGCAGAACACAACCUUCUUCCCUGCCAAGCGCGGUUUCGGCGAAGGAGAUAUCCACGAGCUGGCCCGCCGCGCCGAGGGCGAAGGGCCGCAGGACCUCAAAGUCGAGGCGUCGCCCUGGAAAUUCGAGUGUCGCGAUGCUCUGGGAGGGGCCGGCCUGUUCUCCACCGCCAACGAUUAUGGCAAGCUCCUGGCCGCGCUUCUUGCGGGCGGCGGACCGCUUUUGAGCCAAGCGUCCGUGGAUGAGCUGUUCCGUCCGCAGCUUGGGCCGGGGCCUAUGGAGGCCCUACGAGAGUUUGUGGUUGGCCCGAACCCUACGGACUCCAAGACCUGGUUAUUUAGGCCACCGGCUCGCGAUUGGAGAGAUGUGGGGAGAUUGGCUACUGUUUAUGUGGGCUUAUCAAUAGCAUGGAUGUUGAGGGGCGGAGGAAGAAAAACACGCCAAAUGCUUCCCGCGCAUCCAGCUACCGGGCAGACCAUCGGCACGUGCCCCGAGUUUUCAAAGCAGGAUGUCGAGGCAGCCAUCGCCGCAGCGGAUCGAGCAUUUCACCAAUUCCGAGCGGUUCCUGGCCGCGCGCGAGCAAGGCUGCUGCGAAAAUGGCACGACUUGAUGCUGCAGCAUGCUGAAGACUUGAGCCUCCUUGUCACUUUGGAGAACGGGAAACCCUUGGCCGAGGCCAAAGCUGAGGAACCCGUUGGUGUGUGUGCACUAAUUACGCCGAAAGCUGGUGCGGCGCUCGCAGCUGGGUGCACCGUCGUGAUCAAAACGCCACCAGAGACCCCUUACACCGCCAACGCCCUCAUCGAGCUCGCCCGCCGCGCAGGGAUCCCGAACGGCGUCAUCAACGCCAUCACGACAGAUAAGAACAUCGUCGAGGUCGGCCGCACGCUGACGCAGUCCCCUCUCGUCAAGAAGCUGUCCUUCACCGGCUCCACCGAGAUCGGAAAGCUGUUGAUGCGCCAAUGCGCCGAAACGACGUUGAAGAAGAUUUCCCUCGAGCUGGGCGGCAACGCGCCCUUCAUCGUGUUCGACGACGCCGAUCUCGACGCGGCGGUGCAGGGUGCGCUGAUUAGCAAGUUUCGGGGUUCGGGCCAGACGUGCGUGUGCGCGAACCGCAUUUUCGUCCACGACUCGGUGUACGACCGGUUCGCUGCCAGACUCGCAACGCACGUCCAGCAGAGUUUCGUUCUCGGAGACGGCCUUGUUCGCGAAAGUACCACUCACGGGCCCUUGAUACACGGUAGGGCACUCCAAAAGGUGAAGGACCAUGUUACAGAUGCCGUUUCCAAGGGUGCCAGGGUUCUUGCUGGUGGCCGGCCACGACCUGACUUGGGUCCCAACUUCUUUGAACCCACGGUGAUGGUCGAUAUGACGCUAGAUAUGAAGCUGGCAUCCGACGAGACCUUUGGUCCGGUUGCGGGCCUUUUCCGCUUCAAGACUGAACCAGAGGUGAUCAGGCUCGCAAACGAUACGCAGAUGGGGCUCGCGGCGUACAUUUUUACGCAGGAUGCCUCGCGAGCUUGGCGUGUGUCCAAGACCCUUGAGGUCGGCAUGGUUGGUCUGAAUACAGGGCUCAUAAGCGACGCAGCUGCGCCGUUCGGAGGCAUCAAGUCCAGCGGAUUCGGGCGAGAGGGCAGCAAGUAUGGAAUUGAUGAGUACUUGACGGUCAAGACGAUUACCGUGGGUGGGAUAAAUACUCUAGCUCCGAUGCAGAGCCGACUCUAA